CGGAAGGGGAACCGGAUAGUUACUGAGUGAAGCCUCUCACCGGCGUAGACGAUCUUCGUUACAAACAUGGCAGCGAGCAUGUGAAUGUCAUGCCACCUGAAUGAGUCCAUGUCUGAGUGGGAUUAGUGAUACGCGAAAGCUGACAUGUGAAUUACAUCUUGCGGGACUGUGCCUUCAUUCACCUGACACAGCUAAGAAGCGGGAAGACUCCAACCUUGUUGAUUCGUCAGCUGACCAGCUCUCGUGUUAGCAUUUUAGCUAACCGGUCGACAGCUUCAGACGGAAUCGCGAUGGAUCCUGACCAACAGCUGAGAAAUCUGCGGGAUUUCCUUCUGGUUUACAACCGCAUGACUGAAGUCUGCUUCCAGCGAUGCACCAGCAACUUCAACUACAGAAACCUCACCAUGGACGAGGAGCGCUGUGUGGACAGCUGUGCAGGGAAGCUGAUUCGCUCUAACCACCGCCUGAUGGGUACCUAUGUGCAGCUGAUGCCUCGGAUGGUGCAGCGCCGGAUGGAGGAGAUGGAGAGCAAGGCUGCGGAGAAUGCCAAGGCAGCAGAGGCAGCUGCUUCUGCAUCCAAGGGGCCGCCAGCAGCAGAGGCCUCACUGGCAUCUCAGAGUCCCAUCACCUCAUCUCCACCCCAACAAAUACCUGCAGUGUUACCCCCUUUAGUGACUGAUGUUGGACCAGAGGCCCAUGGCUCAGUCUUAAAGCCAGCAGGAUUAGAUAUUCCAGUUGAGCUGCAUUCUGCUGUAUCCAAAUCCGCAUCAGCCACCGAAGUCAAAUUAUCAGCUGCCUCACCACUCACACCUGUAUCUGAAACAGUAAAUCCUUCAGUACUUAAUAAAACUGGCAGUGGACCAUCUUAUACAGCAGGCUUUCCACAGCCGCCCAUAGCUGGUUCCCAGACUGAGUCUGGGAGCUCAUUGCCUGUGUUUAUGCCAUCUAAACCAACCUCCUCAUCAGAGGAUGUGCCUGUGUCAACAGCUGCUGCACCUACAGUGUCAAAAUCCAGAGAAAGCCUGUCAGGCCAAGAGAGAGCCCCAGAUGUUCCCCCUCUGUCAAGCCAGUAAUGAUGCCCAGUCUGGGUCUGUCUCAGGUGGUCAAACUUUUAGCGAUAUGAACCCGACUCUCACCACAAACAACCCAAAUCGGGUCGAGUAACUCAUCACUGGCAGUCCCAGAUGUAAAGUUGUUCUCUUUAUUGCUGAUAAGAAUAGUUGAUUAGUAGAUUUACAUAAAUUAUAAAACAACUAUUAUAUGAUAUCAUCAUGUCAUAUAACCUUUCCUGGCCACAGUCUCUCCAAGGUGAGCGUUUGCUGCUUUUCUCUGUUUUCAUGUUGUAAUUUAAAAAUCUUUGAGGUUUUUCACUAUUUGUUUGACAAAUUAGCAACUUGAAGACCUCACUUUGGAAUCUGGUAACUUGUGACGGGCAAAAUCCCACAUGUAUACUGUUUUGUGAUGAGAAGCAGGAACAGGAAUGAAGUAGUUAUAACAGUGUACGUAAGUGUGUUUGUGCAGCGGCAGUGAUAUUCCCAGUCAGAGCUCCACAGUGAUCAGUCUGCAGCUCUGGAUUGUGAAGGCCUGACCAACUUUGGACUUUAGUCUGGACUUUCAAAAGACUGGAAGGCUCAGUCUGAUGAUUCCCCAAACACAGUUAGUCCUGAUAAUACUUUUUUUUUUUUUUUUAAGUUGACACAGCAACAGCAAAAAUUAUAAUUAUCAGUAAUAAACAUGAGAGUAUUCAUUA